AAAUCCUGGAAAUUCAGAAUUUGAGAAAGUGAGAACUCUAUCUGCCUUUCUUUUUUAUGCUUUUUACUAAAUCGGCUCUGAACUUUUUGCUAUCUACCAAAUUUGGGUUCAUAUUUUCUCAUCAAUUAUCUUCUCAAACACACCAGAAAAAAAAAAAAAAAACCCCCAACUCUCUGUCAACACAUCUAUGCAAACAAAUACUCAAUCUUUCUUCAGUUUAUUGAGAAACCCACUUACUCAAUUCAGCUAACAGCUAAGCUACAACUGCAAAAAUCCGCGUUUCUUGAAGAGGAAGAUGGAGAACAACAGCAGCGGCAGUUGCAGCAGCAGUGUCGGCGGCGGUGAUAAGCAGCGGACGCCGCUGUCGAGGGUGGUUUCCGAUUGCGUGAGGCGGUGGUUUCAGGAGACCUUGAAAGAGGCCAAAGCCGGAGAUUUGUCGAUGCAAGUGCUUGUGGGUCAGAUGUAUUUCAACGGCUAUGGGGUUCCUCAAGAUGCCCACAAGGGAAGAGUUUGGAUGACAAGGGCUUCAAGAGUUAGAUCUUCAGUUUGGAAAGUUAGUAACAAACGCCCAGGUUACAAUGCAAGUGAUUCAGACUCAGAUGAUUCUAAGGGUGACUCUUGAUUAGACCAACUUGGCAUUUCUAUCCAAUACCAUUUGAAAGGUCCUUUGGCUUUCUACCCGUUCGCUGCCGUGAUUGAACCUGUGAAAAUAUUGAUACCUUUCCUAUUGAAGUGCUUUCUUUUGUUCAUCUAUUGAUGUUCACAGAUAUCAUCCCCAUUGAAAUUAUGUUCCCAGCUAUAAUUGUACAACUGUUUGGCCAUGGAUCAAAUUUUACAAUUGUUUUUUGUGGGCAAGAAUUUUGGUGGUAUUUCAUUACCUA